UUUGUUUUCAUUCUCAGAUAUUUUUUCUCCCAAAUUCAUUCUUAGCUAGAUAGAUAUUAUUUCUCGUCAGGGCUUCAGCAACGGUAGAUGAAGAGCACUUGCCAAGUUGCCAUUGCCCAGUUUAAUUUCUUUGUUGAUUUCAUAUAUUUAAUCUCCAUUCCAAUAAGUUUGCAGUAUGGUCAAGUUCGAGGAUAUGGCUUCUACCUCUUCUGCUACCCCUUCACAAUCAACUCCGAAAUUCACUUAUGAUGUUUUCUUGAGUUUUCGAGGCGAAGAUACUCGAAAAACCAUAGUGGAUCACCUUUACCAUUGGCUGAAACAGAAAGGGCUCCACGCCUUCAAAGAUGACGAGCGGCUGGAGAAAGGACAGUCUAUUGCUCCCACUCUCCUACAAGCUAUUCAACAAUCAAGAUUUGCAGUUGUUGUCUUCUCCAAAAAUUAUGCAUCGUCAACCUGGUGUCUAGACGAACUUGCAGAAAUCAUGGAAGGCAAAGAUAAACUCAACCAGGUUGUGGUGCCAAUUUUCUACGACAUAGAGCCUUCACAUGUGCGCAAACAAACUGGAAGUUUUGAAGAAGCAUUUGCCAAACAUGAAGAGAAUGAGGGCAAGGGGAGGGUUGAAAGAUGGAGGAAAGCUUUGAUAGAGGCAGGCAGUAUUGCAGGGCACGAUUUGCAUGGUGCUGAGUAUAACGGGUAUGAAUUAAAGUGUAUCGAAGCAGUGAUUGCUGAUAUAUCAAAACAGUUGCCUCCACCUCCAAGUGUACAAAAAGGUUUAGUGGGAUUAGAGUCACGGCUUGAAGAAAUAAGAAUGAAGUUGAAAGUGUGGGAUAAAGAUGUUAAGUUGGUAUUAGGCCUUUGGGGUAUGGGCGGUAUUGGAAAAACAACUAUUGCAAGAGUUGCUUUUGAUCGAUUUUCUAGUGCAUUUGAUGGCUCAUGUUUUCUUGCUGAUGUUAGAAAACAUAGGCGGGAAGCCUUGCAAAAGAAACUCCUAUCAAAAGUUCUCAAGGAAAAUUCAAUUGAUAUAGAUGAUGUAGAUGAAGGAAUUCAGAUGAUAAAGAAAAAGCUCGAGUGGAAGAAAGUAUUAAUUGUUCUUGAUGAUGUAGAUCAUCGGGAUCAAUUAGAUAAAUUGGUUGGAGAUGGUGAAUGGCUUUGCAAUGGUAGUAGAGUCAUCAUAACUACCAGAGACAAGCAUUUAUUCACUCAAUUUAGAAUUGUUGUUGAAACUUGUGAAGUAAAGAAAUUGGAGAAAGAAAAAGCACUAGAACUAUUUAGUUGGCACGCUUUUAAGAAAGAAUCUCCAGAGAAUGGAUUUGAAGAUCUGUCUACAUCUUUUAUAGCUCAUGCUGGUGGUCUUCCAUUAGCCCUUAAAGUCUGGGGUUGUUCUCUAUGUGGAUGGACAGACCAAAAAAAGUGGGAAAGCACACUAGAGAAGAUUAAAGACAUACCAGAUGGGGAAGUUACUGAAAAGCUCGAGAUUAGUUAUGAUGGACUAGAUGAGGACUGUAAAAAGGUAUUUUUAGAUAUAGUAUGCUUUUUUCGGGAUGAACGUCGGGAUAUUGUAGAAGAAGUACUUAAUGGUUGUAAAUUACAUCCGAUUACAAACAUAUCAGUGCUUAUUGAUAGAUGUCUACUAUUUGAAUCAUUGGGAUUUAUUCAUAUGCAUGAUUUGAUACAUGAGAUGGGGUUGAAUAUUGAAAGAGGAAAAAUGAGCAGGAUAUGGCGGCUUGAAGACCUUGAUGAUGAGCCUAAGGCGGUGGAAGGUCUUUUGCUUUCAAUCAACUGUGAUGAGAUUAUUAGCCCUUGGAUUGAAGCUUUCGAACAUAUGACAAAAUUGAAGAUGCUCAUAGUUAAGUAUAGAAAACAUGAUCUUUGUAGCUCAGAGUCACAUCUAGAGAGUAUUGAAGCCUUCAAAGAGACAGGCAUCAUGAAUUAUCUCCCAAGGAGUUUGAUGGUGCUCAAAUUCCCAUAUUAUCCAUGGUCAAAGCUUUUUUUUCCAAUGGAAAUGAAGAAACUGACCUAUUUGGAUCUGAGCUUAUCCAAAUCUUUGUUAGAAACCCCAAAUUUUGCAAAGAUGCCGAACUUGAUAAAUUUAAAUCUUUCAGACUGUAAGAAAUUAGAGACGAUCCAUCCAUUGAUUAAAAAUCUUACGAAACUUGUUAAAUUAAAUUUACGUGGAUGCAAAAAUCUUGCAAAGAUUCCUAGCUUCAAUCAAGAAAUGAAGAACAUUACCCGUUUGGAUAUUAGUUACUGUAGCUCUUUGUUAGAAACGCCAAAUUUUGCUAUGAUGCCGAAUUUGACAUUUUUAAAUCUUACAAAGUGUCAGAAAUUGAAAGAGAUCCACCCAUCUUUUAGAAAUCUUACGGAACUUGCGGACUUGAAUUUUGAUAGAUGUAGUAACCUUGAAAAGCUUCCCAACUUUAACCAGGAAAUGACGAAACUUACUCAUUUGGAUCUUAGAUUUUGCAGCUCUUUGUUAGAAACUCCAAAUUUUGAUUUGAUGCCGAAUUUGGAAAACUUAAAUCUUACAACGAAAUUGAAAGAGAUCCACCCAUCUAUUGGAAAUCUUACCAAACUUGUUAACUUGACUUUGGAUGGAUGUAGUAACCUUGAGCAGCUUCCCAAUUUUAACCAGGAAAUGAAGAACAUUACCUGUUUGGUUAUUAAAUCUUGCAUCUCAUUGUUAGAAACUCCAAAUUUUUCUAUGAUGCCAAAUUUGGAACAUUUAGAUCUCUCAAAUUGUAAGAAAUUGAAAGAAAUCCACCCAUCUGUUGAAAAUCUUCCACCCAUCUGUUGAAAAUCUUACGAAACGUAAAUUCGUGAAUUUGGAUGGAUGCAUUAACCUUAAGAAGCACCCCAGCUUUUACCAGACUUUUCCCAUAAAAGUAAGCAUUGACGACUGUGAAGCCUGUAAGAUAAUAGUGAAGAAAAUCAUGCAAAGGAUUAAUGGCGUGUACGUCGUAAAAUUCGAAGCGGAGAUCAACAAGAUCACCGUCUUCGGCGAUGUGGAGCCGGGGACGUUGAUCACAAAGCUGAUCCUCAAUCUCAGGCGGCAUGCAGAGCUAAUUGGUGACCCUAAGGAAAAGGAAUAAGGGUCAAAUAGGCUAUCCAAUUGUACACCAAAAUGUAAUUAGGUCAUUGAACUAAAAGUUAAUCAAUUAGAUUCUUGAACAACACAAAAUCAUGCAAUUAGAUUCAAACUGACCUGUUUAUCUGAAAAUAUGCUGAAUUAAUUAAAAUUAUUUUUAAAAAAAAUUAAAACAUUACCUGCCGGCCGACUUCAUCUGGGAGACGAAGACCUUCGUCUCCUAGCCAUGGAGACGAAGGUCCCUUCUUUUCCAUAGCCGGAGACCACCGGCCAUGGAUGAGAUGAAGAAACCUUCGUCUCCAUGGCCAGGGAGGUGAAGGGAUCUUCGUCUCCUGGCUCUGCUGGAAACAAAGGUCUUCGUCUCCGAUCAUGGAGACAAAGUCGGCCAGAUAUAAAUUCGUCACCGGCCUGUAAUGUUUUAGUUUUUUUUUUUAAUUAUUUUAUUAUUUUAUUAUAAUUAUUUUAAAAUAUUAUUUUUAAAUUUGAAAACUACCACAUCAGCAAAUUGCCAGAUAAACAAGUCAUUUUGGAUCUUUUUGUGUUGUUCAGGGACCCAAUUGCAAUAUUUUUUAGUUCGAUGAUCCAAUUGCAGUAUUUUUUAGUUCGAUGAUAUAAUUGCAUUUUGGUGUGCAGUUGGAUGGCCUAUUUGACCAUUACUCCUAAGGAAAAUAAUAGCGUGCGGGUUGAGGACACGCGGUAAAGGAAAUGAAGAAUCUUUUCUAUUUGGAUCUUAGCUGUUGCAACUCUUUGUUAGAAACCCCUAAUUUCGCUAAGAUCCCAAAUUUGAA